AUGAAUAACUACAUAAAUUAUGAGUUUUUGUAAUUUUGAGAGAAAACAUUUUUUAAUCUAUGAAAAAAUGAGCUCUAAAAAUAGUUUUAGAUUAGGGGUCAAUUGCGUAAUGGCAAAGAUGGCCGCCUCCAUGGUGGAGAGCGGGGAAGAUGUUUUUAGGAAAAUGUUUAAGUUUUACAAAAGGAGAGACCCCCCUCCCGACCUGAGGGGGGUGAUUGACUUUUCCGGCGAACUGCCGAAGGACAAGGUCACUCCAGCUCACCUGGACGCAGCUGCCGUGAGCGACGAGGAGGCCGCCCGGGUGGGACUGCAGCCCGUCAGAGAGUGGAGGGCCUUUAGCCUGCAGGGCUUCCCGGGCUUUAUUUUCAUCUCCAAUCCCUUCCUGCGGGGCUCCCAGCCCUUCUGGGUCAGGCAGUGCUUGAAGAUCUACCCUCAGAAACCAAACGUCUGCAACCUGGACCUGCACAUGUCUCCCUGUGACACCCAGGACCUCUGGGCAAAGAGUGCACCUGUCCUCAGAUCUCCUUCCUCUGGAAAGAAUCAACCCAAGACUCUGUUGGAGAAGCUGCACUGGGUCACUCUGGGAUAUCAUUACAACUGGGACAGCAAGACUUACUCCGCCGACAACCACACUCCGUUUCCGGCGGAUCUCCACUCGCUGUCGGUCCAGGUGGCCUCGGCCUGCGGGUUCCCGGGCUUCAGGUCCGAGGCGGCGAUCCUAAACUACUACAGACCUGACUCGUCUCUCGGCAUCCACGUGGAUGAGUCGGAGCUGGAUCACACGCGGCCUCUGCUGUCGUUCAGUUUCGGACAGUCGGCCAUCUUCCUCCUGGGGGGCACCCGCAGACAGGACCCCCCCACCGCCAUGCUGGUGCACAGUGGAGACGUGAUGGUGAUGUCGGGACAGAGCCGCCUCCUCUACCACGCCGUCCCGCGCAUCCUCCCGACACCUCGGGGUCACGCCGCCCUUCUGGAGGACCUUUGCCCCGCCUCCCCCCAGGAGGUGGGGGGCAUGUUGGAGCCGGUUUCUGAGGAAGACUGGAUGGCGUGCUCCGCUUACAUUCAGAAAUCCAGGGUAAACAUGACUGUUAGACAGGUGCUGGGGGCGGGGCAGAGCUUCCCGGAGGCACCGCCCCCAUCGGUUACAAGGACAGAGAUAAGUGGAUACCAUGAUGGAGAGUCUGGGAAGAGGAAGAGGAGUGGCAGCGACUCCACAAAUGAGACGUGAAACAUCUGUCCAAUCGCUUUUGUUUCUUCUGAAAGGUUUCAGUGACGAAGACGUUUAAGGACGUCCACAUAAGGACUCGUGGAGUCGAGUUUAUUGAGGAAGGUGUUACAACAUCUGAAUCAUGUUUAAAUAUCUUAAGAGGUGCAAUAUGAUCAGCAAUAGAAACAUUUUGUUGUUUCAUCUUAUCAAAAAGCUUGCCAGUUUUGCACCAGUUUAGAAAACUUUAAAAAAUAAAAAAAAAUCUUGCAAAAAAUUGUGUCUUAUUUUGAAAAUAUGGUAAUCUUCUUUCCCUUCUUUAACUUUGUGUCUCUAAGAUAAAAUUUGCCAGUUAUCACAAUUGUAAACAAUAGGAAAUUAAUGUCAGCAUAAAUAAUUUAAGCAAACUUAAUACUAAUAGAAAAGUAAUAUUUGAUGAGCAUUUUAAUAAUAUGAAAAGUUUGGGUUAAAUUUGUUUACUAGUGCUAUACCAGAAGUUGUUCACUAGGUGGCGACAAAUCUUAACAUUUACAGGGAGCAAAUAUUUAGUGAAAGGGGUUCAAAGUUUUAUUAAAAAUACGUUUUUCAAAAUCAAAUACUAAUUUUGUCUUUUAUUUUGAAAAUUGAGUGAUCUUUUUCCUUUCUUCUUGUGCCUCUAAGAUAAAAUAGUCACGUUUUCAGCUAUUUUGAACUUGAAAUAAAUGGCAACAAAAUAAAAAUUCAAAGCAAAUUCUAUGCUAUGAGAAGCACUAAUAUUUAAUGAUCAUUUCUAAUAUAUAAAAAAAAAAAA